UUUUAUAUUUGCAGGAACUAUCAAGCUGUAUCUGGCUAUCAAAAUUUUCAUGGUGGCUAGGUCUGAGUAGGGUGGCCGUCAAACCUUGACAGUGCCUAAAUCAUGCCUAGUUCAGGGAACCGAAUUGCAUUUUCAAUGAACUGUGGCGACAAUCUCAAAGUGAGUAUACCGCUUAUUUCGUUGUUAUCCAAGGUGAGAAACCAUGAGGCUCUAGGAUUGGAGAGUUUUCGAAACACCAAACAAAAGGAAUAUACCUUAAUUCUUCAUCUCUAGAUCAUUGGGGCUUUUAAUAUAUAAAUAAAACCUUCUCUUAC